UGGCUUGUAGGGGAUAAAGUGGCAUGGGCCGAGCUAGUGACUGUUAGCGACCAGCUGCAGUAUUCUCUGGGCCGGUAGGCGGGAGGCACUUUGGGUGAUCGAUGGCCGUCUCAGAUCUGACCGGGGGGGUGUCGAUGAGAUCUGUCUACCGUACUCCGUACACGGUGGAUGUUGCAGCCUUGCAGGGUUGGCUGCAGUACAAUUGCGGGGUUGCGGUUGCAGACAACUCGGCAUCAACGACCACAUGUCAUAUGAUAGUUGCGUGGAAUAUCACGGUGUCCUUUAUGCAUUUCGGUGGAUUGGGUGUGUUUCAACGACAAAUUCGACCCGUUUACCUGCGGUAGACAACUGAGAAUUGUCCCGACUCGGUUGCAUAUAUAUUGCAUACCAGCAGAGAUGAGCUUGCCAUCCAAGCACCAUGCCAGUCUCACCAAAACAAAUAUCAGAAUACUAGAAGCCAGA